CACAGGGUUUGUCUGGCAGUCAGCUGUGAAAAGACGCUGAAGUUUGGCGUUCAUUGGAUUUUAUUCAUCACCCACCUCACUUGUUGGACAUGGGAUUUCUUCUGACUAAGAUGAUGGCUGUUUUCGGUGACAGAGAGCACAAAGUUGUUAUGGUGGGUUUGGACAACGCUGGAAAGACUACCAUCCUCUAUCAGUUUCUGACAAAGGAGGCCGUCCACACGUCACCAACCAUCGGCAGCAACGUAGAGGAGAUCACUGUACGUAACACAAACUUCUUGGUUUGGGAUAUCGGAGGACAGGAGAACCUUCGAGCCAGUUGGUACUCAUACUUCGGCAACACAGAGAUUGUCAUUCUGGUUGUGGACAGCACUGACCGCGAACGUCUCACUCUCACCAAAGAAGAGCUGCAUCGAAUGCUCUCACAUGAGGACCUACAGAAUGCAGCCAUUCUUGUUUUGGCCAACAAACAGGAUGUGAAAGGCUCGAUGACAGCAGCAGAGAUCUCCCAGUGCCUCACACUCGACUCAAUCACAACACACUCCUGGCAUGUCCAAGCCUGUUGCGCCUUGACAGGAGAAGGUCUACCUGCCAGUCUGGACUGGAUGAAGUCGCGGGUUGUUGCAAACUAGAACACAGCUCCAGUGUAUCAAACUUCCUCAAACUGAGCCUACCUCAAAGGCACUGGAAAGGCCACGGUGUCAGGGUUAUCUACAGUGUUUUGGGCAAAGUCCUGUGAACAUGGCGUCUGUGAUAGAGCCUGCCUCGCCACACCUACAGUAUGUCGUGCCCAGCUACGUAAGAAUCUCCAAGGGGUUGCCUCUCAUAUGGCUGAGCCUCAGGGUGGAGGAGCAACGGAGAAACAUGGACGAUCUUAGAGCUAAUUAACGUACAUCAAAUAUCAUGUCAAACUCGGGGUGAUGAUUUUUUUUACUCUUCCAAAAGCGCUUGCCUUUAUUCUAAUAAUCUGGUGUUUUUCACUUGUGGUUACAAAGAAUUGCACAGUUUGUGUUUUAUGCACCUUUACCGUAAGUAACCCAUGUUGCAGAGGUGCACCAUGUUUAUUAAGGUAACCUACCUGACAAGUAAUACCGCAUAUCACGAUCUCAUACGCCUUCUUUCAUUUCCCUGAGGUUAAUCAAUGGACAACAGCAACUUACUUUAUUGAAUUGUAAAGUAUCAUUCAGUCAUUCAUUACUAGAACUGAACAACCAAAGAUGUCCCAACCUACACUUGAAUAAUAAGCAUGAAGCAGGUAGAUCACAGAUGAUGAGUGAAAACAUUUAAGCUAAUGUUUUACUGAUAAAGUGAAAGAUUUUCUCAUAUGCAAAUUUUAGUAGGCUAAGCUGGUGACCUCUCAUUUCUCCUUUAGCGUCAUCAAUCAUGAUCACAUUUUGACCUUUGAUUGGUGAUUCCCGUCCCCGAUUACUUUCUUUUUUAAUUUACCUGAACUACUUCUGCUGCAGCUGAAUUUAGUACUUUACUAGUUACAAAGUAAUUUGUAUUAAACCUCUAUCAUGGAAGACUGAGAAGAAACUGUAAGCACAUAGGCCCAGUAUAGGUCAUGUGGCCUCCCUUGCUAAGUCUGCACCUGAUUAUAUUUUAUGCCAGUGAACAACAGGAAACUUCUGUUGGACUUAAACAUGUUUAGUAAUUUAUUUAAAUAAAAAAAACAAAGCUCUUGAACUAUUUACUGUAUAGGAAAUUGAGCUAGCUGCUAAGGACUAUGCGUCAUCUUUAAAAAGUAUAUAUUGUAUUGUGUAAUUUUCUUAAAUAAAUAUUAUCUUUGCAAAUA